AUGACAGCUGGACAUUGCAUGUGUAGCGGUUCUGGAAAAUUAUUGGAAAAUAGAAUACGCGUGACGAUCGGAGAACACGAUUUAAAAAUUAAAAAUUCUAAAGAAAUCGAUAAAAAAGUUAUUAAAAUACAUUUUCAUCCGAAAUAUCAAUGUGGAAAAUUUAUUGACGAUAUUGCUCUCCUGGAAUUAGAAAAUGAUAUUUACUGGACAAAAUCCAUUGGACCUGCUUGCCUACCUAAAAAUUACGAUAAUGAUAACGAUUUAACGAAUCGUUCGGCGACAUUAGCCGGUUGGGGAUGGCUUAAUGAAAAAUAUAGCGAAGGGAGGAGACCGGAUAUAUUACAAAAAGUACAAGUAAACGUUUUUGAUAACGAUAAAUGUCGGGAUUGGUAUUCAUCCCAAGGGAAAAAUGUUAAAAUUUUAAAUACUCAAUUAUGUGCCGGUCACGAAUCUGGUGGGAAAGAUGCUUGCUGGGCCGACAGCGGAGGACCGUUAAUGAUAUCAGAAUCUGACAACAGCGUGACCGUCGUUGGUGUCGUGUCGACUGGAAUCGGAUGCGGAAGACCAAAACUUCCAGGAAUAUACACGAGAAUAACCGAAUAUAUUCCUUGGAUAUUAAACGUCAUCAACAAUUAA